GUCCGGUGCCCCGUCCCACGGCCUCGACCGUCCUGCGCCGUUCCCGCUGCUAUGGCGCGGUGCCGGGUCCCGGUGGCUCGAUGGGCGCAGGUUUGCCUCCUGCUUCUCAGAGUGGAUGCUGCUGGAAAGCAUGGGAAUGCAGAGUUUCAGAAGGUGGAAUUGCCACAUCAUUCCUUCUCCGCUCCGCUCGAGUUCAGCAACCUGCUGGGUGACUGGAUGCUGAGUGGGUCGAGCAUCUUUUUGAGGGAGCGCUUGCUGCUACAUCCCCAUGUGAACGAACGCCAAGGGUUUGCUUGGAACAAGCGGCCCCUGCAGACCAAUGACUUUCAGCUCACCGCCACCUUCGUGGCCAACGGCGCCAAGGACGUCUCGCAGGCGCCGAGCGACCAAAGCUUUGCCUUCUGGUUCGUCCGGCAGAACAUCUCCGGCGACUUCAACGAGACGCGCAUGAUCCGCGCGGCUUCGUGGAAGCAAGGUCUAGAGGAAGAGGGCUACAUGUUGAGCGGAUCCAAGGCCCUCUUCGAAGGGAUUGGAGCUGUCUUCUCAACCUCCGAUGUGGCGAAGAAGCCCAACACGGCUGUUUCCUUUGUGAGUAACGACAAUCACCAGAGCCUCAGCUACUUCGUGGACGUUCCCACCAGCAACGCCAAGAUCUUGGACUUCCGAAACAAAGAGGUGGAGUUCAAGUUCCGAGUGCAGCCAACCUUGGUGCAGGCAUUCCUCACCUUGGAUGGCCAGACCCACGAGUGCUUCUCGGUGGAUCGCGCGGGCUUCCCGGUGAAGGUGGGUGGCUUUAUUGGCUUUACGGCCUGGAGCGGUUCUGCUGGUGAUGGUAGCAUGAUCUCGGACGCCAUCUCCGUCACGAAGGUCGAAGUCAUCAACUUCGACGAUGAGGCUAUCGGUGAAGACGUGGUGGGCGCCACGGCGGAGGAGACGUCGGCGUACAGCGAGCUGAUGUCUUCGAACGCCCGGCACUUCGCGGACCAAAAGUCGCAGACCGAGCACCUCUCCCGGGUGACGAAGAUGUUAGCCUCGCACUUGAAGGAGACCAAGCCAGCUUAUGAUGUGAUGUCCUUCCAAGUCUCUGGAAUGAUGGACGCAUUGAAUAAGUUGGAUCGAGAUUGUCGGGUUCUCACCAAGGAGAUGAGGAUCUUAGAGAAUGAGAAGAUCUCCAACAGGCGGCAAGCGAAAAGACCGAAGAACAACCUCGAUGAGCUCAAGUCUCACGUCUUCGGGCUUCGGCGGAUCUUAGAGAAGGAGGGGCAGGUGCACCUGUCCAAGAUUGAUGCGGUGCAAAAGAACUUGAAUGAAGUCAAGGAGCAAGCGAGCAAGGUGGGUGGUUCCACGAUGCUCGGCAAGCUGGUGGACCAGACGCGGCUCCUGGAGCAAUCGGUCUUAGCCAGCACCUCGCAGACGACUUGGAUGCUGUUGAUCCUUUUGGUGGUCAUCGUGGUUCUGGGCGUGCUGAUGUUUAACAGGAUGCAAUACUACGAGAAGAAGCACUUCAUCUGAGUUCGUAGAUGCACCUGGGCAAGCUGCACGAGCACGUUGCCUGCAAAAAUUGUGGUGCCCAGUGCUUGGUC